GAAAUCAUUUUAGCAGUUUUGGUUGUUUCGCUUCCGUUCCCGCCAAUUGAGUUUCAUCAAGCUUGCUUCCGGUCAGUUUUGCAGCACUGUAGUAGAGGUCACAGACUAUAAUUUGAAGAGGUUCCAACCGAUGUUUUUGUCGGACUCAAACUUCUUUUCAGUGAACGUUCCACAAGUUGCUAUUUUGCGGGAGCGGUUGAAAAUCGGAUUUAUCAGAUUGUCGGUCUAAUACCCCGCCUCAUCCCUACUAGAAAGAUGUCCGAGCGCGAAGUUCCCCCGCACGACAGCGAUACGGAAGACGACCGCGGCUACAGCAGCCCGCAGGUUUCUGCCGUCCACGGUCUGAAAACUGGUCUCGCGACGCAGCGACGAUCGAAACGGUUGCUAGCCCGCCACAUCACCACCGACUCGCUCCUCGGGCCGGUCGAGCAGCUUUCCGGCAGCAAAAUCGGGUACGAUCCGGCGAAGAGCAGCGUGCUACAGAAAGAACAGUUCUUCCCCACAACUUCCUCGAUUGUGGGGAUCGUGCCGCACGCAAGUUGUACUACAGUGACGUCGUCGCUUUUGCCGAAGACGCCGAUAAAAACGAAUGGCACCACACCGACAGUCACGUGUUCAUCUCAAACCAUAACCACGACGCAUCAUCUCGCACCCCCACCGCAUCCGAACACGGUGACAACCACCACCGUUGGGGCGGUCACGAAGAUAACCUCCACGACCCCGGGCAGCAGUUGUACGGGGACCACAAAUUUGCUCGCUUCGACGCCUUUGUUUCAGCACAACAAGAGCGGCAGCAACUUACUUGGUUUAGUACAAUCAACCGCUCCGCCAGUUCUCACCACAACGCCGGCGGUGAAACGCACGAGCGGCGCAAGUUCGAGGAAAAACACGGUGGAAUUAUUGUCGAAUGGGAAAAACGGCGCGGAGGACAAGUCCAGUUCGGUGUCGGAAAACAACAGUACUAGUCAACAAAGCAACACUCUCCCAUCACACGAGAAAAUUGUCACGGUUACGUCCGAAGACCAGAAGUGCACCAGCUACAGCAACCCGCCCGCGGGCGUCUUGAAAACGAUUCUUUCCGUGGGGGAGGACGAGGUGCCGCCGUUGCCGCAGCGGAGCUACAGCGACGAAUCGCCCCUGAAAGAAGGAAAAUUUGGAUCAUCUGCUGUGCCGGGUCUAGACGACGACGAGAUGAUCGACCGUAACCACAGUGUGCAGCUCGUGCUAGAAGAGGGAGGUUGUCUGGAUUCUAGCCAUUCCGGCGAAGAAUUUUGUGUGGAAGAAACCGGAGGAGGCGGAGGUCGUGUGAAGACGCAGAGCGGUGUCAGUCAUCCGGUCCCGCUAGUGGAAGCCUCGACAUCUUCAGGCUGCUCGCGGGAGUUGCCAUUGCUGGAAGGGGUCGUGCCAAAGAACAAAUCGGUCGAAAUGACGACCACAGCGACAGCGGUGACGACUGCGUCGGAAGCGGAAGCGAACUGUGGCGCACAGGCAGUGUCAGAGUCCAGCAAUUCACCCCCAAAAAGCGUCCUGCACGAGGAGGAAGACGGGGUGGAUAGUUGUACUUACGGCGGCGGAACGACGAAUGGGAUAAAGAACACGACGUCACAUCAUCGAACACAGACGGACGCAGUGGUGCCGCUUGUUCGCUCCUCGGCGGCAAAUCGAAAAGCCACAUCGCGCAUGACGUACUCGCUGUUGGCGGGAAGCAGACUGGAGAAGCGCCAGCGCCACGAGGAGGUGGUGACGGCAGCGCUCAGUGGGGGCGAUUUCCGCAGCUGUGUGAAGGAUUUCGUGAAGCCGUUUGUCAUCGGUAUAAUUGGAUGUCUUUGGACGCGAAUGAUCUUAUCACACUCGUGUUUGUUUCGAGUCGUUCUCUACUAUUGGUAUGCGUAUGGUGAUUGAGCAGCGUUUCUGCAAAUGAAAUAGCCAAAUUCGGACCACUCGCUCCAGGUGUGUGCGGUGCCACGUGCAGCGGGAAGACGACGUUGUGCAAUAUCUUCCGCAAGGCCCUCCGCAACGACCACCGCGUUGCCUUCAUCCCCAGUGAUGCGUUCUACAAGGACCUGGGCGACAAGGACCGAAAACUCGCGCACGCCGCCCAGUACGACUUUGACCACCCCGACGCCAUUGCGUGGGACGAGCUGACGGCCACGCUGCAGGCCUUGAAGCAGGGCUUUCAGGCGGUCGAGAUCCCCCGGUACGAUUUUUGCACGCACAGCCGGGUGAAAAACGGGUCGCACACCCGGCAAUCAGCCGACCGGAGCGGCGGCGGUGCGGGCGGCGAGUCGAUCAAGCCGGCGGACGUGAUUAUUGUGGAGGGGAUUCUGAUCUACGCGGUGGGCCCGGACCUCCGGAACGAGAUGGACAUGAAAAUCUUCGUGGACUGUGACGCCGACGUGAUCUUGGCCCGGCGGCUCCAGCGGGACAUUGCGGAGCGCGGACGGGAAUUCGACAACGUGCUGAAGCAGUACAUGAAGUUCGUGAAGCCGUCGUACGAAAACUUCAUCGAGCCGUCGAAACGGUACGCGGAUGUGGUUAUCCCGAACACCAAAGAGGCGGAAAUGGAAAAAAACAACGCGAUUCUCAUGAUGACCCAGCACAUCAAGCACCAGCUGGACAAACGGAAUUCGGCCCGACGGCUGAUGCGAGGAAUGCGGUGAAGAGUGUGUCCUCGGAUAAAACAGAAAUAUUUCAUCUACAGGCAUAUUGGCUUUUCAUCGUUCGCGUUUUUAUCCAGAAGUAAACUUUUUCAAUAGAUUUGUUUGAGAACACAAGUUAGAUGCGAUUCGCGGCCUUUUUCUCCCCCGCCCUGAAAAUCAUGACCUUUAUGCAGGGGCGGGAGAGGAGUGGAGGCGGCAGCGACGCUAAGACGAGUAGUACUUCACCUUCUGGGCGGAAAGUCAGACAUGUUGUACGAACCCGAAAUUUAAAGAAUUUAUACUAACACAGUUUUUGCACCGCGGAUCCAUUUCUUCUACUGUCUUUUUCUGGUAAAGGAAAGGAGUGCUGCGCCCGUAUAGUAUGAAUAUUCAAUGAAGUUGAAGAAGACCAAAAGACGCUGUUUACUACGUGUAUUCAAAGGGAACUGUGGCUUUUUAUCGUAUGAUCAUGCAUUAUCUACUAUACGAGAUGUCCAGCAUCUGAAAAACAAAAAGGUUCGGAAGAAGAUCUGGGCCCAAAAAUAGACGCGCAUUCGAUCAUCAGGAAGAAGCAACUGUGACUUUUUGGAUUUUGACCUUCUGUUUCGAUGUGACACGAUUCGAUUCUCAAAUUCUGUACUGCGACAGGAUUCGAGAACAAAAAACACGUGUUUGGG